GUCUUAACGUCAACCGCGGAAAUUCGACAAAUGGUUUCCGUGUGUUUUGUUUCGGAUUCAAAAUUAAUAAUUUUUAAAAUAAAAACUAACUAACACUGUUAACUUUACUUAUUAUAAUAUUCAUAUACAUUAUUAUUAGUGAUUCAAAAUUUUUUAAAGUCGUGAUUAACCAUUUUUUUCUUGUAUUUAAAGCAUAUUGUAGGUUGAAUAAUAUUUUAUUUAGUGAUUAAGAAAAAUUUUAAAAAAAGUUGCGUGAUAAAGAAAUAUUAAAGUGAUCAUGGCUCUUGAUAUUGUUCAAGUAGAAGGCUGCUAUGUGUCAUCUAGUUUACCUAAAGCUUUAUUUGUGCCUUCACCAUCUGUUCGUUUUAGACACAGGGAGAAUGUUAAUCCUUUGUACUUUAAACCAAAAAAGAGAGGUUAUGAGAUAAGACCUCAAACAAUUGGUACUGAUGACAAAGAAUGCUUGCCAGUUGAAGGACGUCAACAUUUGUCUGUUCAAACAGAUUUGUAUCUUGAAGAAAUCUGCGAUGUCGUGGAAGAAGCUGAUGCACAAACUGAAACUGAUCCUUUAUUAGAUAGGCCACCAUCCCCUUUGUUUAUACCUGCAAAAUCUGGACCUGAUGUAGCUACUCAAAUAUAUCCUGGAGAACUCUUCGAUUUUGAUGAAGAAGUUGAACCUUUUUUAGAAGCAUUAGUUGGACAAACUCUGGAACAAGCAAUAAUUGAAAUAAUGGCAGAAGAAGAAUUAGCAGUAUUAGCUGAUUUGCAAAUGGAUUUUGAAACAAAACGAAAUGCUGAACUAGCAGAACUAAAGCGUUCAGAAGAAGAGGAAAGAAGAAUAUUAGAAGAAAAACAAAGAAGAUUAAAAGAACAAGAAGAAGCUAUCAAACUGGAAGAUGAAGUAGCUCAAAAAAUUGUUGCAUGUAUAUUUUCACAAAAUUAUCUUUCUGAAUUAGUGCCCCAAGUUUAUAAGAAACUUGAAACUGAAGGUUAUUUUGAAACUGAAGAUCCUGAAUUAAAUGAGGUGGAAGACAAUUUCUGGCCAUGGUUAUUAAAUGAAGUAGAUUCCGAAAUUGCCACUUUAGAAGCUUCCUGUCAUUUGCUGGACAACCUCAUAGAAGAUAGUGUCCAGAGUAUUGCAGAAACUUCUGUUAUUGAACCUGCAGUACCUAACAAUUAUCCAAAUAAACCAAAGGACAUAUCAAGUGAAGAGCAAGUUACUGCAGAAUCAACAAAAUUAGAUGAAGAUCAAGAAGUCCCAAAUUUAGAAACAUAGUAAAUAUAUUGAUAUUCAAUUUGUAAAUAUUUUUAUAGAGUUUGAUACAAUAAAUACUCAAUAAGACUUUUAA